UUGGGAGAUGGAGAACAGGGAGCAAUAAGCUGUGAGUAGAGGAGGGCUUCUCUGAGCUGGUGAUGAUCAGGAUCCCCACAGAUGGAGAAAUGGGAAGGACUUGCGAUCUGGGUGAAGAGAAGAGCUUGAGCAAAGGCAGGGAGGUGUGACUGUGCCCUUCAUCCUGGACGCUCGUCCUUCUUUCAGGACUCACAAUUUACGAGAUCCUCCUUCAUGGUCCGUUAUCUCCUUACACAGUGUACGGUCUGAGGGUCUCCGUGGGCCCCUGCCCGGUCACUGUCCUUCUUUUGAAAUGCACAGAUGACUGUGGCACUUCCUAAGGGCCCCACCCCUACCCCACCUCCACAGCUUUCAAGCUGUCAGUUUUUCGUCGUCAUUUAUCCACUUGACAAACUCUUAACAAGUGUCUGCAAGUCUGAGCACUGGGUCUCGGCACUUCCAGGCCUAUGGUGCAGUGGGAGAGGCAGGGCAGGAGCGUCACCCGGGAACACUGUGAACCCUGCCAGGCUAGAGGCACCCGGCCUGGGCAUGGCAGCGCCCGGCCCGCCUGGCUUCCCGGAGGAAGUAGCCUUUAGUGCCCCCUGAGAACCGGCCUUGGCCUCUGCGUUCUGGCUCCCUAAGGACGGGCUCUCAGGACCCAGAACCACCCGGGUCCCUUCCCUUGAGUGAUCAGCAUUUUCCCCGGUCGGUCGGAGCAGCCAACACGCUGAUGUCACCGCUUCCCUCAAACCCCAGCACGAGUCCCCACAGGGCUGCGUGCCCCUCACGCUACCCUGCCUUCCCGCCAGGCCCUCCUUCCCGUUCCCCGGAAGUGCGCUUGCGGGAGCGGAAGUGCAUGCUGACCAUGGUGGGCGGCCUUCUGGAGAACGCCAACCUCCUCAUCUACCAGCGCUCUGGGGAUGAGGGCGAGGCGAGGGAUGUGACUGCGGGCGAGGAGGACGAGCAGGUUCCCGACAGCAUCGACGCACGGAAAAGGAAAACAAACUACUGUGUGUUGGAAGGAAAAAGGCAAGCCUGCCCUGGAUAACAGAAGAAACUUUCUCCAUUUGAAUUUCUGACCCUUGUUUCCGUUUGUUCAGGCUGUGCAGAGGAGGAAUGAUUGUGAAUAGCCUCUCUCUGUGCUACCGCAACAAGCUCAUCCUAGCCCCGAUGGUUCGGGUAGGGACUCUUCCAAUGCGGCUGCUUGCCCUGGAUUAUGGAGCAGACAUUGUUUACUGUGAGGAGCUGAUCGACCUGAAGAUGCUUCAGUGCAAGAGAGUUGUCAAUGAAGCUCUCAGCACUGUAGACUUUGUUGCCCCUGAUGACCGAGUGGUCUUCCGCACCUGCGAAAGAGAACAGAACAGGGUGGUCUUCCAGAUGGGAACAUCAGAUGCAGAGCGAGCCCUUGCCGUGGCCAGGCUUGUAGAAAAUGAUGUAGCUGGUAUUGAUGUCAACAUGGGUUGCCCAAAAGAAUAUUCCACCAAGGGAGGAAUGGGUGCUGCUCUGCUGUCAGACCCUGACAGGAUUGAGAAGAUCCUCAGCACUCUUGUUAAAGGGACACGCAGACCUGUGACCUGCAAGAUUCGCAUCCUGCCAUCGCUAGAAGAUACCCUGAAUCUUGUGAAGCGGAUAGAGAGGACUGGCAUUGCUGCCAUUGCAGUUCAUGGGAGGAAGCGGGAGGAGCGGCCUCAGCACCCUGUCAGCUGUGACGUCAUCAGAGCCAUUGCUGAUGCCCUCUCCAUUCCUGUCAUAGCCAAUGGAGGAUCUCACGACCAUAUCCAACAGUAUUUGGACAUAGAGGACUUCCGACAAGCCACAGCAGCCUCUUCAGUGAUGGUGGCCCGAGCAGCCAUGUGGAACCCAUCUAUCUUCCUCAAGGAGGGUCUUCGGCCUCUGGAGGAGGUCAUGCAGAAGUACAUCAGAUAUGCAGUGCAGUAUGACAACCACUACACCAACACCAAGUACUGCUUGUGCCAGAUGCUACGAGAACAGCUGGAAUCGCCCCAGGGAAGGUUGCUCCAUGCUGCCCAGUCUUCCCAGGAAAUUUGUGAGGCCUUUGGUCUUGGUGCUUUCUAUGAGGAGACCACACAGCAGCUGGAUGCCCGGCGGGCUAGGCUCUUAGCCAGGACUCCAGAAGAGGCAGAGGAACCAGCUGAAGAUGCCUCUGGUGUCAUUAAGAUGGCUGUCAGGUUUGACCGGAGAGCAUACCCACCCCAGAUCACCCCCAAGAUGUGCCUGCUGGAGUGGUGCCGGAGGGAGAAGUUGGCACAGCCUGUGUAUGAAACGGUUCAACGCCCUCUAGAUCGCCUGUUCUGCUCUGUCGUCACUGUUGCUGAGCAAAAGUACCAGUCCACCUUGUGGGACAAGUCCAAGAAACUGGCGGAACAGGCUGCGGCCAUCGUCUGUCUGCGGAGCCAGGGCCUCCCUGAGGGUCGGCUGGGUGAGGAGAGCCCCUCCUUGCACAAGCGCAAGAGGGAGGCCCCUGACCAAGACCCUGGGAGCCCCAGAGCUCAGGAGCCAGCACUGUGUGGGGAACUGUGCAAGAAGCCCUUUGUGGACUUGGCAAAUGGUGAAGAGACCCCCCUGGAAGGCCGGUGACUACUGUUCCUGCCCUGGUCUCCUGCUCCAUGGGCCUGGCCCUAAGGUGGCUGUAGGUACCAGAGCAUGAACUGGAUGCCACUGGAAAAUUUGCUGUCCCUUCCUGGCAGCAGCUAGAGAUCCUGCCCUGGACCACCAGCCUGGAGCAUGGACCAGGGGGUUCCUGGGAAGGGGGGGAUCCCAUCUCCUGUGGGUCUGAACGGCAGGGCCAUAUUCCCUUUGAAAACAGGAGCUUUUCAGGUGAUACUUUCCCCACCUGACAUUGGUACAGUGCAAUAAAGACACUCCCCACCCUCAUCCACGGCUGGUUGCUUCAGCCUUGGGCAUCUUUACA